CUAUAGUUCUGAAACAGAAGCAUUCACUGCUAGGCAAGAAUUUGCUACCCCUAGCAUUGAGGUUAAAGGAUGUGGCCAUGGAAAUUCAGGAUGAGAGGGAAUUGGCAAGAUUGAAAAAGGAACAUCCCCUCACUAGAUAUUCCUUAGAGGAACUAGAGAAUGAAUUCAAAAGCCUCACAGGGGAGGAAGCGAAGGAGGUGUUGAGUCUAGUUGGAAAGCAAAGGAAUACCGAUAACAUUCGUCUCCUUGUACAUGUUUCUAUCUGCAUGACAAACGAUGUUGGGGCUCCAAAGUCAACGUCAACCCCAAUUGCUAGGUCAUCUAUUUUGGUAGAACCUGGUUCACGCCCCUCGACGUCUCAGUCUGUAGAAUCUCGGGAGGGUGAAGUGAUUAAAGAAUUGAAGGAUGGAGAGAAGAAAAAGGAUGACAUAGAGAUGAGACUGGAGAAAAUGGAAUCGGCGAUGAAAGAAGUGACAGGGAAUGCAAAUAAAGAUAGGUGAACCUGGCAUUAAAGAACAUUUCUAUUUUGGCUAGCAGGCCCAAGUUAACGGCUCCUGCAGUUAUGUUGGCUGCUGUUGAAUCAUUGGUACAUAUUGCAAUUUCAUCUGGUCAUAAAGAGGCCGAUUACUAUGCUAAGGCUUUGCAAACUUGUAGGAAAUUUGAAAAUAAUCUUGAUAUUUUCGGUUUGUGUCAACGAUUGUUUGGAACAGCAGACGAUAAGAAAAUUUCAUCUGUUGUGGCAGAAUAGUCUAAGAAUAAAAAGUAUUUAGAUGAGAACAAAGAGUCAAAGAAGAAUGUAAAUUCAAUGUCUUCUGUAUGUUUCGCAGGUCUUCAGGGGUCUAAUUUUGUACCGGGUAGUCCCAAUUUUCCAUUUUGGCAAUCUCCCAUGGGAGCUUGGCAGGGUAUGCCUAUGUAUGGGCCUAUGCCGGCUAGGUUUCCUAGGCACAGAUCUUAUGUUGGAGGUGCAUGUUAUUAUUGUAAACGCCCAGGUCAUAUGGUGGCUAAGUGCCCAAAACUGAUGAAAGAGAAAGAUAA